GUGACACGUCCACCCAGUCCUUGUCAAAACUUCCACGGAUUCUCAGAAUUUGCAUGACAACUUUUUAUGUUUUAACUACGAAAUAUGCCGUUAAGAUUGGAUAUCAAGAGGAAGCUGACGGCCAGGUCGGACCGUGUCAAGUGCGUGGAUCAGCACCCUACGGAGCCCUGGCUGCUGUGUUCCAUAUACGGGGGUGACGUCAAUAUAUGGAACUAUGAAACGCACACACAGAUCAAAAGAUUUGAGGUUUGUGACCUGCCUGUGCGAGCAGCUAAGUUUGUGCCCAGAAAAAACUGGGUGGUUACCGGCUCAGAUGACAUGCAGAUAAGAGUGUUCAAUUAUAACACCUUGGAGGGAGUGCACUCAUUUGAGGCACAUUCAGACUAUGUGAGAUGUAUUAUCAUUCACCCAACACAGCCUUACAUUUUAACUUGUAGUGACGACCUGCUGAUCAAGCUAUGGAACUGGGACCGCAACUGGGCCUGCCAACAGGUGUUUGAAGGACACACGCAUUAUGUCAUGCAAAUUGUGAUCAACCCAAAGGACAAUAAUACAUUCGCCAGUGCCAGUCUGGACACCACUGUCAAGGUGUGGCAACUGGGCUCCUCCAUCUCGAACUUCACGUUGGAGGGCCACGAGAAAGGAGUGAACUGCGUCGACUACUACAACGGCGGGGACAAGCCUUACCUCAUCAGCGGAGCGGACGACCGGCUCGUCAAAAUAUGGGACUACCAGAACAAAACCUGCGUCCAGACUUUAGAAGGGCACGCGCAGAACGUGUCGGCGGUGUCGUUCCACCCGGAGCUGCCCAUCCUGCUGACGGGCUCGGAGGACGGCACGGUGCGGCUGUGGCACGCCGGCACGUACCGGCUGGAGUCGUCGCUCAACUACGGCUUCGAGCGCGUGUGGACCAUCUCCUCUAUGCACGGCUCCAACAACGUCGCCAUCGGGUACGACGAAGGAACUAUAAUGAUAAAGGUUGGCCGGGAAGAGCCCGCGAUAUCCAUGGAUGUGAAUGGUGGAAAGAUCAUAUGGGCGAAGCACUCGGAAAUGCAACAGGUCAACUUGAAAGCGCUUCCGGAAGGUACAGAAAUCAAAGACGGCGAGCGCGUGCCGGUGGUGGCCAAGGACAUGGGCUCGUGCGAGAUAUACCCGCAGAGCAUCCAGCACAACCCCAACGGCCGCUUCGUGGUGGUGUGCGGCGACGGCGAGUACAUCAUCUACACGGCCAUGGCGCUCCGGAACAAGGCCUUCGGCACCGCGCAGGAGUUCGUGUGGGCGCUCGACAGCUCGGAGUACGCCACGCUGGAGAACUCCAGCACCGUCAAGGUGUUCAAGAACUUCAAAGAGCGCAAGAGCUUCAAGCCGGCGUACGGGGCUGAAGGUAUCUUCGGCGGCUUCAUGCUGGGCGUCAAGUCGAUCAGCGGGAUGGCCUUCUCCUUCUACGACUGGGAGCAGUUGGAGCUUAUCAGAAGGAUCGAGAUCCAGCCCCGGCACGUGUUCUGGUCGGAGAGCGGCAACCUCGUGUGUCUCGCGAGCGACGAGGCCUACUACGUGCUGAAGUACAACCCGGACGUCGUGGCCCGCGCCAGGGAAACCAACGCUAGCGUCACGGAGGAUGGCAUCGAGGACGCUUUCGAGGUCGUAGGCGAAGUGAAUGAGACAGUAAAGACCGGCCUCUGGAUCGGCGAUUGCUUCAUCUACACAAACUCGCUGAACAGGAUCAGCUACUACGUCGGCGGAGAGAUCGUCACCAUAUCCCACCUCGACCACACCAUGUACAUACUCGGAUACGUUGCUAAAGAAAACAGGCUGUACCUCAACGACAAGGAGCUCAACGUGGUGUCGUACGGCCUGCUGCUGUCCGUGCUGGAGUACCAGACGGCGGUCAUGCGCGGCGACUUCCAGAGCGCCGACCGCGUGCUGCCCACCGUGCCGCGCGACCACCGCACGCGCGUCGCGCACUUCCUCGAGAAGCAGGGCUUCAAGCAGCAGGCGCUGGCCGUGUCCACGGAGCCGGAGCACCGGUUCGAGCUGGCGUUGGCGCUGGGCGAGCUCCAGCGGGCGGUGCGGCUGGCGGAGGAGGCGGCGGCGGCCGAGGGCGGGGGCGCGGGCGGUGGCGCGGGCGACGAAGGCCCGUCGCGCUCGGCCGCGGCCCGUUGGUCGCGCCUGGGCGCCGCCGCCGCCGCGGCCGCGGACACCGACCUCACCAAGACCUGCUACCAGAAGGCGCACGACUACAGCGCGCUGCUACUGUUCGCCGUCAGCACCGGGGACCGGGCGCUGUGCGCGCACGUGGCGCACAUGGCGGCGCAGGAGGGCGACGACAACAUCGCCUUCGCCGCGUCGCUGCUGCUGGCCGACCUGCCCGCGUGCCUGCAGCUGCUGGUCAGCAGGGGCAAGCUGGCCGAAGCCGCAUUCUUCGCCAGGUCAUACAUUCCAUCAAAAAUGAACGACAUGGUGAAGCUAUGGCGAGAAUCAAUCAGUUCGACAAAUAAAAAGUCCGGACAGUCUCUGGCGGACCCGGAAAAAUACGAAAAUCUAUUUCCAGAAUACGCAGAAUCACUGGAAUUAGAAAAAAUGCAGAGACAAGUUAUCCUUUCGUCCCAAUCAUGCCUUAAUAAUAUACCGAUUAAUUACAAAAAAUGCAAUAUUAAAAGAGACUUAGUAGAAGAAUUAACUGAACUUAACGGAGUCUGCAAAAUGGAGCCCAACGUUGUAAAUGAAAGCGCUAAGAACGAGGAAACCAAGACUGGAGAAUCGUUACCCAUCGUGCCACAGAGCGAAAAGAAGCGCAAAGACUCCCUCGACAGUAUGGAGGAGAUCGACCGAGAGAUCAACGAAAUGGUCCUCGAUGGAGAAGAGCUGGUUUUGUCGGACGACGCAGAUUUGUUAGAAUAGAACCUAAGUAAAGCUAGAUUUUCUUAUUUUAUUAUAUCAUUAUUACGCGUAUAAAGUGUGUAUUUUCUACAGAGGUAAUUAGUUACAUUAGGUUUAUUAUAGUAUUAUACAUAUUUUCCCUUAAU